GGUUCAUACCCAGAAGAGGAUGAAAUCGACCCUAAUGAAUCAGGAGAGACAAUGACAGAGUCUACACAUAUCAAAGCCUCACCAACGUCUUUCUCCUCAAAACCAGAAUGCCAUGACACUCAAUCUCACUGUGGCCAGAAGCCAAAACCUUGCUCAAUUUCCUCUUCCUCCUCCCUUGGGUUUGAUCCUAAAAUGACCCGAGCCUUGACCCUGACCACAGACGAACCCCCAGGGGCCAUUAAUAGGCCGAGCCCAGGGACAGGGAACAGGAGGUUUGAAUCUUCAGAGGAAGGAGGGAGCAGUGAAGCGCCUCCUGCUGCAGUCUUCUUUGGAAUCUCAGAUGAGGGUGCUGAGCAGCCACAGAAGUGGAACCUAGAAUCUGAAGCUGAUCUGUGCAGACCGGACAGCCACGGGACAAGGUGUACACGAUUUGGUCAAGAUGAGAGCCAAUCCCAAAGACAGGUCAAAGAGACCAAGUCCAAAUGCAAGAGAAUUGCUCGCCUUUUAACUGAUGCACCCAACCCUCAAAAUAAGGGAGCCUUGCUGUUCAAAAAACGCCGCCAAAGGGUGGAGAAGUACACACUUGUUAGCUACGGGACUGGUGACAGAAAGUUUGAUGGCGAAAACCAUUUACCAGGAGAAGAAGCUGAGGAAGUCAGUACAGCCGGGUAUAACUUUGUCGCAGCCAGCGAUUCUGAGUUUGAAGAGGAGUAUUCUGCAUACCGUCGGCAACAGGAUUUAAGUCUAAAUUGGGAAAGUGUUAAAGAAAUGGAAGUGUUACCCGCAACAAAAGGGAAGGGAGUUAUGAUGUUUGCACGCCGUAGCAAACGUAUGGAUGAAAUUGUGUCACGGCAAGAACUCCGCAGUAAAGAAUUACAUUUGGACGCUAUGUCAGAACCUGCAAAAGCAAACAGUACCUAUGACACAAGAGAAAUGUACGAUCAUUCUGAUCGUAAUAACUACAUGGACAGACACAUUCAACAAAUGAACCAACAAAGAUCCUUGGUUGCAAAUAGAACAGCAAAGCCCUUUUUGGGAUUCCAAAUAAGGCCAGCUGAUCACACAAAUCCUUCUGGUGUCUUUCCAGGGAGAGAGAAAUCGGAGCCAAAAUUUAAGAUACCUGUUCCUAUUAUUUCAAGUCCGCAGGUUUGGUCCCCAACUGGAGACAUCAUAGCCUCCAGAGAUGAGCGGAUAUCUGUGCCAGCAAUAAAGACCUGCAACCUUCCAGAGUUAAGGCGUAAACAGACGUUGAAACAAAGAUCAAACCCUCGUUAUCAAAACAAAGGGCAAAGCAAAGCUUAUGUGGAGUCUGAAGAAGACUGUUUUAGCCUCGGCGCUGAAGCAUGUAACUUCAUGCAACCCCGACCUGUUAAACUCAAGAAUCCACCCCCGGUUGCACCAAAGCCUGCCAUCAACCCCAAAUGUCCACCUUGGCGUAGAGGUCCUCCUAGCGAACCCUGUAUCCCAACAAUAAAUGCAGGUUCUCAGUCUUCCAAUUGUCCUGUGAGACAUCAGGGCCAGCACCGGCACUUCGAACAGGAUUGGGCUCAACCUCAAAAGUCGGCCAACUGCUGGGAAGCAAAUCAAGCACCCACAACAAUUCAAACACCUGCCACUGGCCAGACAUUGGUCAGCUCCUCUUCUCAGCCUCGUCUUCAGGCAACCACAAAUAGCUGGGGCAAACAACUGCCAAGACCUUCUGGACUUGGUAGAAGCAGCUUCCUCAGCCUUCCCAGGCGCCACACAGGUGGGUCUAAGUUACCUGUGAGCACAGAAGGAUGUCGUUCUCCAACACGUCAGCACCAAGCAGCCUACAAGCCGCCCACACCUUGGGAGGCGGCAUCCAGAUGCCCCUUCGGUUCGGUGGACGACGCCUUCUUCUCCCAGAGCGUGGUUGCGUCGCAGGUCCGGGACGCAGGGCCCCGCGGGUCUCUGCCGGAGCCGCCUGAGGAAUGGAAGCGUAGGGUGUCGCUUGAUCCUCCGCUUGUCAGUCAGGGUUACUGCGGUCUGACCCCAGCUUAUCUGGCAGGGUCCAUGAGGAUGAAGUGUUCGCCUGAGAAAACAGCAGAAUAUGGGCCUCCUUUUAACCCCAGCCGUUAAAGUCUUCAGUCAAGCCCAGAAUUGUAGAAAACACAUCCAACUCUGGUGGAACAAACUCCCAUCCCUUGUCUUGAGCAGUGCGACACAUUUGAAUGAGGAGAAAUACACACUAUAGUAUAAGUAAUGAAGAUAGUUCAAAGUUAAAGUCCCAACAAUAGUCACACACACACUAGGUGUGGUGAAAUUAUCCUCUGCAUUUGACCCAUUCCCUUCUUCACCCCCUGGGAGGUGAGGGGAGCAGUGAGCAGCAGCGGUGGCCGCGCUCGGGAAUCAUUUAACCCCCAAUUCCAACCCUUGAUGCUGAGUGCCCAGCAGGGAGGUAAUGGGUCCCAUUUUUAUAGUCUUUGGUAUGACUCGGCCGGGGUUUGAAAAGUGAAAAUUCUGUCCACAUAAAGAAGCAUGUGUUCACGUAUGAUAAAGAUGUAUACAGUAUUUUAUUCUAGUCUUUGAUUUAAUGGUAUGAGCAUCAAUGUAGGACAGUGUUUCUUCAUUAUUUUCUGUCACGCCCCCCUAGAGGACAUCUUUUUUUUUUUACAUCUCCCCUGAAGUUAAUGUUUAUUUUUUUAUGUCUCAACAUAUUUAUUUACUAACACUAAAGAUGCUAUUAUCGUAUUUUUCGGACUAUAAGUUGCAGGUUUUUUUUUUCAUAGUUUGGCCUUAUACUCAGGAGCGACUUAUGUGUGAAAUUAUUAACACAUUACCGUAAAAUAUUGAAUAAUAUUAUUUAGCUCAUUCACGUAAGAGACUAGACCAGGGGUCGGCAACCCAAAAUGUUGAAAGAGCCAUAUUGGACCAAAAAUACAAAAACAAAUCUGUCUGGAGCCGCAACAAAUUAAAAGCCAUAUUACAUACAGAUAGUGUGUCAUGAGAUAUACAUUGAAUUGAGAUGACUUAAAGGAAACUAAAUGACCUCAAAUAUAGCUACA